AGGCGACAAAGGGUUUAUGUGGGGGGGGGAGGGGGUUCUUGCACUAGAGACGGAAGUGGCAUAUGCCAAGUCCUCAUCCAGGUUCAACCUUAGGAGUGGGAGACCCUCAGAUCCCAUAUCUCCUGGCUGCCCUUUUCCAUGAUUGUAACAGGCAAGGAACAAAGCAGAGCUAGUCUAUACCAAGCAUGUUGCCCUCAGGAAGAAAUCCAGAUGCCAGAAAGGAAAGGAGGGGACCUGGAUAGUCCUUCAUGCCCCAUUUCCUGGGAAAAGUUCCUGAAUAGGGAGAGAGUUUGCAUGGCAAAUCUCAAGGAGGAAAUAAAAAAAGGUUUGAAAAGAAGAGAUACAAAAGAUUAUGCCUAAUUCUCACUCUGUGUUGGAUGACAAUAAACUAGGUUUGGCUCCUCUGCAGCUCAAUUUGUCUUAGGAGGAUAGUGAACCAGAUCAUUACGUUAAACUUUGUGCAUUUAAGCCUUUGUGUUUCAUGUGAACUGAGCCCCUGGAUCUGAUUGACCUUUUUUGCUUAGGACACAUUAUGUGAACCUGCCUGCCUGUGUGAAAGAAGGAAGAGAAAUGGAGCGUCCUAAGCCAGGGUCAACUGAAUGGCAUUACAUUUUUUGUGAACUGAAUUUUCCUGCUUUGUUAACCUGUUCUGAGUUUUUGUACGCUGCGUGAACCCUGCUUAUAGGAAUGGCAAGCCUUCCUUUAGCAAGUGGGGGAACUGGAAAAGGCCCUUCCAGUGUUCAGUCUGGAAUCGGGAGGAGAUCUGGGCAAGAUCUGGGCAGAAGAUCCUGGACGAUGGAACCAUCGUUUCACAAGUUCAGUCCUGGAACUUUAGGAGCAUCCAGUAUCAGGAGGAUGAGGGUCCCCGAGGACUUUGCAGCCGACUCCAUUACUUUUGUAGCCAAUGGUUGAGACCAGAAAAGCACACAAAAGCGCAGAUUCUGGACCUGGUUGUUCUGGAGCAGUUCCUGGCCCUUCUGCCCCUGCAGAUGGAGAGCUGGGUGCGGGAGUGUGGAGCAGAGACCAGCUCCCAGGCGGUGGCCUUGGUGGAAGGCUUCCUCCUGAGCCAGGCGGAGGAGCAGAAGGAGCAGGCUGAGUUGCAGUCCUUUACAAUGGACAUCAGAGAUCCUGAGAGAAUGAGGCAUCCACCAAAUCUCCCUCAAGAACUGUUUUUCAGGAGGAUCUCGCAGGAAGAUCCAAAUCAGGACACCUCAAGAGGGAAGAAUAGAAGGAAGUUGACUCUUUCUUUUGGGGGAACAGAAACCGUGAUUGAAUCUCCAACUCAGUCUGUUCUGUACUUUUUUGCCUUUCAGGAGAGUCUUCUGCCCUUUGAGGAGGUGGCUGUGUAUUUCUCAGAGGAGGAGUGGUCUCUGCUGGAUCCUCGCCAAAAAGCGCUGCAUUGGGAAGUCAUGCUGGACAAUUGUAGGAACGUGGCCUCUCUUGGUGAUAAUGAGAAUGACAAAAAAGUUGCUGGAGAAUUAAUCAAAGUGUUCAAAGAAAGAAACGUAAUGGAGAAGCCUGCAAUUCAAACGGGAUUCCAAAGGCAGGAAAGAAACCCUUCAAAUAAUCAGAAUAAGGAAAGCUCAUCUUCCAUUGAUGCUCAGAUGCAGGACUUUAUUGAUCAACAAGAAAGCAUAAAGAAAAAACACAUUGGAAAACGUUUAAGACUAUUCAAAGAAACAUUGGAUGUAAAUGGGCAAUAUCCAUCCAAAACCAAAGAACAAUAUUAUAUAUCCAAAGACAAAGGUAAAAAUUACAAUUGGACUUUAACACUUUUUCAAGAAAAUGGGUCUCUUAUAUCCCAGAAAAGUGUUUACAUGGGAGAGAAGCCAAAUAAAUGCACUGAGGAUGGAAAUAAAACUGUUUAUAAAAGGAUAAGCACAAGGGAGAAGCUAUAUAAAUGCAGGGAGUGUGGAAAGGGCUUCAGCAAACCAAGUCAUCUUACAUCCCAUCAAAGGAUCCACGUAGGAGAGAAGCUAUAUAAAUGCAUGGAGUGUGCAGAGGACUUCAGAACAAGCAGUGAUCUUAUUUCCCAUAAAAGGAUCCAUACAGAGGAGAAUCCAUAUAAAUGCAUGGAGUGUGGAAAGGGCUUCAGCAAACAAAGUAAUCUUAUGUCUCAUCAAAGGAUCCACACAGGGGAGAAGCCCUAUAAAUGCAUGGAGUGUGGAAAGGGAUUUACCCAACAUGGUAAUCUAGUAUCCCAUGAAAGAAUCCACACUGGAGAGAAGCCAUAUAAAUGCAUAGAAUGUGGAAAAGGCUUCAGCAAACACAGUCAUCUUAUAUCCCAUCAAUGGAUCCACAUAGGAGAGAAGCCGUAUAAAUGCAUGGAGUGUGGAAAGGGCUUUACCCAACAAUGUCAUCUUAAUUCCCAUAAAAGAAUCCACACAGGGGAAAAGCAAUAUAAAUGCAUGGAAUGUGGAAAGGGCUUUACAGCACGCAGAGAUCUUACAUCCCAUAAAAGGAUUCACACUGGGGAGAAGCCAUAUAAAUGCAUGGAGUGUGGAAAGGGCUUCAACAACCAGAGUAAUCUUACAUGCCAUCAAAGAAUCCACACAGGGGAAAAGCCGUAUAAAUGCAUGGAAUGUGGAAAGGGCUUCAGAACAAGCAGUGAUGUUAUAUCCCAUCGAAGGAUCCACACAGGGGAGAAGCCAUAUAAAUGUAUGGAGUGUGGGAAGGGUUUCAGGAAACACAGUAAUCUUACAUCCCAUCAAACGAUUCACACAGGGGAGAAGCCUUAUAAAUGCAUGGAGUGUGGAAAGGGCUUCACCCAACAUUGUCAUUUAAUUUCCCAUAAAAUACUCCACACAGGAGAGAAGCCAUAUAAAUGCAUGGAGUGUGGAAAGGGCUUCAGCAAACACGGUGGUCUUAUAACCCAUCAACGAAUACACACAGGGGAGAAGCCAUAUAAAUGCUUGGAGUGUGGAAAGGACUUCAGAAAAAGCAGUGAUCUUACAUCCCAUCAAAGGAUCCACACAGGGGAGAAGCCAUAUCAAUGCAUGGAAUGUGGAAAGGUGUUCAGCCAACUUAAUCAUCUUACUUCCCAUAAAAGGAUCCACACAGGAGAGAAGCCAUAUAAAUGCAUGGAGUGUGGAAAGGGCUUCACCCAACAUAGUCAUCUUAUUUCCCAUAAAAGAAUCCACACAGGAGAGAAGCCAUAUAAAUGCAUGGAGUGUGGAAAGGGAUUCCCCCAACAUUGUCAUCUUAUUUCCCAUAAAAGAAUCCACACAGGAGAGAAGCCAUAUAAAUGCAUGGAGUGUGGAAAGGGUUUCAGCAAACACGGUAAUCUUACAUCCCAUCAAACGAUCCAUAUAGGGGAGAAGCCGUAUAAAUGCAUGGAGUGUGGAAAGAGUUUCACUCAACAUUGUGAUCUUAUUUCCCAUAAAAGACUCCACACAGGAGAGAAGUCAUAUAAAUGCAUGGAGUGUGGAAAGGGCUUCAGUAAAGAACGUGGUCUUAUAACCCAUCAAAAGAUACACACAGGGGAGAAGCCAUAUAAAUGCAUGGAGUGUGGAAAGGGCUUCAGAAGAAGCAAUGAUCUUAUAUCCCAUCAAAGGAUCCACACAGGAGAGAAGCCAUACAAAUGCAUGGAGUGUGGAAAGAGCUUCACCCAACAUAGUCAUCUUAUUUCCCAUAAAAGAAUCCAUACAGGAGAGAAGCCAUAUAAAUGCAUGGAGUGUGGAAAGGGCUUCACCCAGCAUUGUCAUAUUAUUUCCCAUAAAAGGAUCCACACAGGAGAGAAGCCAUAUAAAUGCAUGGAGUGUGGAAAGGGCUUCACCCAACAUUGUAAUCUUAUUUCCCAUAAAAGAAUCCACGCAGGAGAGAAGCCAUAUAAAUGAAUGGAGUGUGGAAAGGGCUUCAGAGCACAACAAGAUCUUACAUCCCAUAAAAAUAUCCACACGGGAGAAGCCAUAUAAAUGCAUGUAGUGUGGAAAGGGCUUCAGCCAACACAGUAAACUUACAUCCCAUCAAAGGAUCCACACAGGAGAGAAGCCCUAUAAAUGCAUGGAGUGUGGAAAGGGCUUCACCCAAUAUAGUCAUCUUUUUUCCCAUAAAAGAAUCCACAUGGGAGAGGCCAUAUAAAUGAAUGAGGUGUGGAAAGGGCUUCAGCCGGCACCAUACUCUUACUUCCCAUAACAUGAUUCAUAGAUGUGAGGUCAAUCUCCAAAACAAAGACAAAUUUGGGUGAGAAUGAAUGCUAAUUAAUGAUUUAGUGGUUUCAGUCUCUGGAUUUCCUAUUUACACAGAUAGAACUCUGAAAAGAACGGUUUUGUUAUGUUUCACACUCCUGUCAGCCCUAGAGAGAUGAAUUUAGUAAUAAAACCAUAUGCAUGUGCCAUUGUAGUUAUGAUCUGUAUGUUUGAAUGUGUAUAGGUUCAUUUUAUUUUGUUAUUUAGAAAUGAGCUUCCUGCUCUCCAAUUGUCAUCAUUCUCCCACUUGGUCAUAGUUCUCAGAGGGAUGUGAAGACAUUUAACAGGUGCUGCUUGCCCAAGCACAAAUGAAAAAAAAAUCAAAUAUUCAUCCUUAGUGCAUAACUGGGAUGCUGCAAAAGUAAUCAAAUGUGCAUCUUCCAUGUAGAACUGAAACCUGAGUCAACUGGUAUCUAUGCAGAAACAUGGAACAUUAUUUAGUCAAAAGCUUCAUGAUAUGAGGGAAUUGUCAUAUGCACAUUAAUGUUUGGUUUCUGUGAAGAGCUGAAAGGAUGCAGAAUUCCCCCACAAAAGGAGCCAGAAUGACCAGAAGCCCCCCAAAUGCUUGUGCAAUUUUUUUUCAAGCAUAUUACGGCCGUAUUUUGCUCUUCUAUAGUGUGAUGAGGGCUAAGAAGAAGUCUACAUUUGAUUAAAAUAAAAUUAAAUAUCAGUGGUGUGUUUAUGUUACAUACUAUACCCUUAGAAUAUAGUUGCUUUAAAAGUACAUUAACACCCUAAAAAUUUUGGAAGGAUUUGGACGGGGCAUAUAUCAGGAUUUGAGAAGCUCAUGUUGGUUUAUUCAACUUACUCAAUUACAAUGUUUGUCAGUAAUUGUUUUGGGUCAAGCUGGACAAUAAAGAGACUGAAAAGAGCAGAGAAA